CUGGGGCAACAGAGUGAGACUCUGUCUCAAAAAAAAAAAAGAGAACAGUUGACAUUUUGGCCAGCUUUGGCAUAGUCACAUCAUGUUUUGCUUCCAGUCAGUCAGGUCUGAAUUGGAGGAGUAAAAGUGAGUAAGCUCCCAGAAUGAAGCCUCUUUUUGGAUAUCAUGAAAGAGUUCUUGUUAUAGUAUAUAGGAGAUUAUAACAUUUGAGGAAGCUGUUUAUAGCCUGGGAAAUUAUUUCAAUUCAAAGAAUAAAGUCUUUAUGAUCUUAUUUAGUUAUUAUGUAUUUGAAUGUUUUCACCUGUAGAAUUUGUGCCAACAGAAUAUAAAUGGCAAUGAUAUCAAACACCACUUUAAGUAGUAUUUAGCCCCAAAGAAGAGAUAAAUAUUGGAAUUGAUAUAAAGUUUCAGAUCACAAUAACUUUAAUGAGAUUACUGUAUCUGUACUGAGUGAUAGCAACCAUUGUUGCAUAUUUUUCCAGUUACUUGAGAACCUUCUGUGUUUGGUUGCUCCGGUGUUACCAUGGUUACAUUCUGUGUUGGGGUUGGAGUAAUGAACUGUGGAAUCAGUGUUAGCUCAUGAUACCUAGGCUUGGAGCUAGGCUAUCUGGGAAGUCUGCUGUGUGUUGAAGCCAUACUCAACAUGGACCAGAAGGCUCUGAAGAAACUGGUAGAAUCCAUCAGUAAAGCUGUCAAGAGCUUUAAAAAAAGUGAAAUAGAGUGUCUCAUAAGACUUUUUCACCACUUGGUGGGCAGAACUGAUGGAAAAUUUGAUAACAUUGGACUGGACCGUAAUACAUUUCGAGCGAUCCUGUACAGCAUGUUUGGAAUGACUGAUGAUAUGUUGAUGAACAGAGUGUUUUUUGCAUUUGACAAAGACAAUGAUAACCACAUAAAUGUAAAAGAGUGGGUUAAAGGAUUAUCCGUGUUUCUUCGAGGGACUUUUGAAGAAAAGCUAAAGUUCUGUUUUGAAGUCUAUUAUUUGAAUGGAGAUGGUUACAUUUGUCGAGAUGAAAUAUUUGAUAUAUUGAAGAACAGUCUACACCAACAGUCAUCUGAAGAAGAGACUGAUGAAGGAAUAAAAGAGUUGGUAGAUAUAACAUUGAAGAAAAUGGAUUAUGACAACGAUGGCAAGAUAUCUUUUGCAGAUUUUGAAAGAGCAGUGAGAGAAGACAGACUUCUGUUGGAGGUGUUUGGACCAUGUUUACCAGAAGCAAAGAAUUGUCUUGAUUUUGAAGCCCUGGCAUUCAGAAACAUCCUGCCUUCUUGUUUUUGAAUGUGAACCACUCAAUACUUGUAUGAAAAUCAGAAACAAAUCCUGGCUGCCUA